UGCCCGGCAUGGCGGAGGAGCGGCGCUUUCUCUCGGCCUCCGGGGUGCCGAUCGCGCUGCGGCGCCGCCAGCACAGCGCGUCCUGCCGGGAGCUGGCGGUGCGCGGCCCCCGCCUGCAGCUGCGCUCGCUCAGCGCCGCCACCUCCGCCGUCUGGCUGGCGGCCUACGGGCUCUUCGCGCUCUGCGAGAACAGUAUGGUGCUCUCUGCUGCCAUCUUCAUCACGCUGAUUGGCCUGAUCAUAUACCUGCACUUCGUGAAGGUUGACCAGGAAUCCCUGCUGGUCAUCGGCUCACUCGGCAUUCAGGUGACUUCAGCCUAUGCCUCAGGGAAAGAGAGCACAACCUUCAUUGAGAUGGGUCAAGUGAAGGAUGUGGUCAUCAAUGAAGCCAUCCAUAUGCAAAAAGUUAUCUACUACCUGUGUAUCCUCCUCCAGGACCCUGAAGAUCCUCAGGGAGUAUCUGAGGUUGUGCCACUCUUUCAGAGCUCCAAGCCACGACUGGACUGCUUGAUAGAAGUGUACAAAAGUUGUCAAGAGAUCCUGGAGCAGAGGAAGACAGCUCCACAAUCAAGUGAAAUAAAAUAGCUGAAAAAAAGACAGCAAA